CAAACACCACCUGCCCCUUCCCUCCCGUAUCCCUCUUCCGCUUCAUCUUCUCUCCCCUCCCCCUUCCUCAAAACUCCUAGAUAGUGUUUUCUGUAGAAUUGGCAGCCAUCGUCGCCAUGUCUACCAAGCACUUUUCCAACGACGCUUCGGCCAUCGUCGCCGCCGCCCUCCGCGCCAGCACCUACACCAAUCCGUCUCUGGCUCUCUCGCCCUCUCAAAAGACCGUCAUCCUCUGCGACGACGACGGCCCCUCCCAGCACGCCGUUGCGCUGCUCUCGGGCGGUGGCUCCGGCCACGAGCCGUCCUUUGCCGGCUUCGUCGGCCGCGGCUUCCUCUCCGCCGCCGUCGCUGGCUCCGUCUUUGCCUCCCCGUCCGCCGAGCAGGUCUUUCGCGCCCUCAAGGUCCUAGGCGCAAAGCAGCCCGACCGUAGCAUCCUCGUCGUCAUCAUGAAUUACACCGGCGACGUCCUGCACUUUGGCAUGGCCGUGGAGAAGGCCCGCGCAGAGGGCAUCAAGGUCGAGCAGCUCGUCGUAGGCGACGAUGUCGGCGUCGGUCGCAAGAGGGGUGGCAGGAUUGGCAGGAGAGGGCUUGCCGGUACUGUGCUGGUGCAGAAGAUUGCCGCCGCCGCCGCCGCCCAGGGAGCGAGUCUCGACGAUGUUCGCAAAAUUGCCAGCCAGGUUGCCGACAACACGGCCACGGUUGGUGCAUCUCUCGCCCAUGUUCACGUUCCUGGACGCGAGAUUGUUCCCGACGAGCUCGGCCAAGACAUUGAGAUUGGCAUGGGCAUUCACAAUGAAGAAGGCUUCGGCCGUGUCAAAACUGAUCUCUCCGGCCUCGUCUCGACGAUGCUCAAGCAGCUUCUCGAUCAGUCUGACGCCGAUCGCGCGUACAUCAACGUCGCGCCCUCAGAUGAGAUUGUCGUCAUGGUCAACAACCUCGGCGGCAUCAGUGUCCUGGAACAGGGCGCCAUUACUACAGAGGUCGUGGAGCAGCUUGCCACAACGUACAAGCUGACACCGACCCGUCUCUUGAGCGGGACUUACAUGACCAGUCUCAACGGUAUGGGCUUCAGCAUCACAAUCCUCAAGGUCGCCGACAAGUCUUUUGUCUCCUUGCUCGACGCCCCUGCCGAUGCCGCUGGCUGGUCCCCUCCUGUCCGGCCUGAGAACUGGCAGCGUGGAAUCGACACGAGCAAGUCGAGAGACAUCCCAGAUGCUCCCCCCUCUGAGACUGAAGAUGACAACUCACCGCCCAGUAACCUCACCAUUGAUUCCCAGCUGGCCGCCUCGCGACUCGCAGCGGGCCUGUCCUCCCUCAUUGCCGCCGAGGCGCAAAUCACAAAAUAUGACACCCUCGUAGGCGACGGCGACUGCGGCUUGUGCCUCAAGACGGGCGCCGAGGCCGUCCUAUCCCAUAUUCAGUCUUCCCCGUCCAGUGACGCAAUCCGCCUUGUUCGGUCCAUUGCCCAUGUUGUGGAGAACAGCAUGGAUGGCACCUCGGGCGCCCUCUAUGCCAUCUUCAUCAACGCCCUUGCCUCUGGCCUGCAGCAGUCUGCCGCAUCUUCGGGAAAGCAGCAAGUCACCCCCCAGAUCUGGGCCGAGGCCCUGAAGGCUGCCCUGGCCAGCUUGGCCAAGUACACUCCCGCCCAGCCCGGCGACCGCACUGUCGUCGAUGCUCUGGCCCCCUUUGUCGAGACCCUCUCAACCACCCUGAGUCUGCAGAGCGCCGUAGACGCAGCCAGGAAGGGAUGCGAGUCGACAAAGGGCAUGGAGGCCAGCCUGGGGCGGUCCGUCUACGUCAGCGUCGAGGGAUGGAACUCGUGCCCAGACCCGGGGGCGUACGGCCUCGUCAAGUUCCUCGAAGGCCUGUUGCAAUGAUGUGUAGCAUGUAGGGCUAGAAAAAUUGAAUAGUUCGUCUUGUUUGCAAUGAAGAAACCCC